ACACGCACACACACUCACGCACGCACAGUCUGAGCGGGGCACGUACAUAAAAGCGUACAGUGAGGCCAAAACUGGAUCAUUAACGUUAGUCCUUCUGCUUGUGUCCCUCUACACCGUCGGUAUGUCUCUGCCCGCCGCCUCCAGGCUGCUGAGGAGCGCGCUCCGGACUCAGUUGGUGCCUGUGGCCAACGUCGCCUCAAAACCUGCAAAACACAACAUCACUGUAGGGGAGCAGGCCAUAGCUAUGUCAGUCAUGUUUGUGACCAUCCUGGGUCCCUCCGGCUGGAUCCUGUCUCACCUGGAGGACUACAAGAAGAAGCAGUAGAGAUGAAGGAGUGGUGGAGGAGGAGGAAGAGGAGGAGGGAGUAUCAUUCCGGCCCAUAUGAAGAUGCCGACCAGACGGCCAGUCUCUCUCACUCCUUCAGCUGUUGAGACGAGAUGUCAGUUUUGCUUUCUGAUUUGUUCCUGCACUUCUGACCUGUGGAAAUGUUCACCUGUGCACCUAUUGACCUCUUAUCAAUAAAUACAUGUUCAGUAAAUCAAA